GAAUUCCGUCCAGCAAGUCCGCGUGCAUAUAUUUUAAACCUGGCGAGACGGCAAUAAUCGCCAGUCGAUUUUUGAUUUAGUUCCGAAACGCCUUAAAACUAUUUUUCCGAUUCCAGUCAACAUGCUAAAGUUGAUUUUAGCCACUGUGUUGGUGUUUUUUGUAGCCGGGGCUUUCUCCGAUGAUCUCCCUGUAACGCAACAGUGCCUGGGUUGUAUAUGUGAAGCAAUUUCCGCGUGCGAUACGAAUCGCACCUGUCACGGCGACGUAUGCGGCCCCUUCAGGAUUACCUGGGCGUACUGGGCGGACUCGGGAAAACCCACCGUCAACCGUGAAGCUCCCGACGCGCCUCAGGCCUACGCUAACUGUGCGGGGGACACUUACUGCGCAGCUCUGAGCGUCCAGGGAUACAUGAACAAAUUCCAACAGGAUUGCAACGGCGACGGUAAAAUCGACUGCGAUGAUUUUGCCGCUAUCCACAAGCUGGGAGCUUAUGGUUGCGCUGGUCAACCUUUACCUGAACCAUUCGGUCAACGUUACAGACAAUGUAAGGCCAUCGUAGGUGGUCAAUGAGAAACGUCCUUAUUAAUAGACGCAUCGGCUAGGGUCCCUUUCCAUAUCUUUUGCAGGAGCGAGUUUUAACGAAAUUGUCAAAUUGUCCUGUUGUUUUUGUAUAGACGCCGUUUGUAAUUUAUAAUUUUGCGUGAGAUUUAAGUGUAAUGCUGUGAGACUGUCUUUCAAAUAAAUACGUAAUUGUAACACGUAAUGGGUUUUA